CCUCUCUCACCUUCCCUCUUCCUUCCUUUAUAUCUUCACCUCCUCUCCCUUUCUGCAACCCUUCACCCCUCUCUCUCCCUCCCUCUCUCUCUCCGUGCAGCGAAAUUCCGACCGUCGCUUCGCCGGCCGGUCAUCAAAUGACCGAAGCAGGAACGGAGCGGCGAGCUGCGAUUCCGAUUCCGAUUCCGAUUCCGAUACCGAUUCCGAUUCCGAUUCCGGUCGUCCUGCAGUCCCGCCUCGCUCCAAUCGUCUGACGAUGGAGGACCAUUUGUGGCCACCAACAAGAGGGUCGAAUCGUGGAUGAGCUCAAAAACGGUCCCAAUUCCGGAUAAAAUCCGUCUGGCGAUGUGGCGAAUUACGCCCUCGCUUUCCCUUAUCUAGCAGACACCAAAGCAGAUGCUCCUUCCAUGUCCUUUUCUAGCUGGAAUCUCGCCCAACAUUGCUGUCCUCUCGCUCUGAUCGGACUCGAGGGAAAGCUCACUCGUCGCUCGGCCAGCCCACACUGAAGUGACGCCCUCGGCUUUCCUGGGUUUCCGGCCAUGAAUCGGCUCCAUCUGAACCGGAGGUUCCUGGACGCGGACCUCGGCGGUCCGCCGCCGGACGCGUCGGGCGAGAACGGGACGGCGGCGGCGACCGAUUCGUACAUCAGCGAGACCAACUUCGACACCAACAUGGUGAUCAUCCUGGCCGCCCUGCUGUGCGCGCUGAUCUGCGCCCUGGGGCUCAACUCCAUCGUCCGCUGCGCGCUCCGCUGCAGCCGGAGGUUCGGGGCGGAGACGCCGGAGCAGGCGGCGGCGAGGCUGGCGACCACGGGGCUCAAGAGGCGCGACCUGCGCCAGAUCCCGGUGGCGGUGUACGGGUCGGCGGCGGCGGCGAAGAUCCCGGCGACGGAGUGCCCGAUCUGCCUCGGCGAGUUCGUCGACGGGGAGAAGGUGCGGGUGCUCCCCAAGUGCAACCACGGGUUCCACGUGAGGUGCAUUGACACCUGGCUGCUCUCGCACUCAUCCUGCCCCAACUGCCGGCACUCGCUCCUCGAUCGUCGGCCGCCGGAGAACGAGCUCCCCGUCGUCGUCGGUUAAGCUGUAGAAUCCCGCGGCGGCGGAGGUGAAAAGACCAAGUACCCCCCUUGUAAAUUUUCUUGGUUUGAUAGUGUAGGGCCUGAGGCAGUGGCCUGCGUGUGUGCCCGCUUUUAGUUUUGGAGGUGGUGAAGUUUCAGUUUCGGUUUGUGUAGGAUGAACACGGCGGCGGAACGAGUUCCGGCGCCGAUGCGACUCAGCGAGUUUCGAAAAUCGAGCGACGUAAUUUUUUUUUCAGAUCGACUCGUGAGUCGAUAAUCAUCGAUUUCUGCCUCGUUUCCAAUUUCGAGCAUCACAGGAUUUUUUUGCUUC